CAGUCGGCCUCCUUCAAGCAGUGGUCCGUCCAGAUCAAGGAGGAGUCGAAUGAUUUUGAAGUGCAUGCGAUCCAAAUUAAGGAAGAGCUCACCGAACUCGAGUUGGCUCACUCUGCUGUUGACUCCAAAGCAACCUACUGUAAACAAGUGAAGUCCUGUGAUUCAGAGUCGGUUGGGAUUAAGCCAGAGCCAGAUUCUGUGCAGAAAGGCCAAGAAGCGGUCACAGUUAAAACAGAGUCGGUUGGGGAUAACGGGCAUCAUGUUGGAGAGGUGAAGGAUUAUCCGUCUUUGUUCAAGGUGAAAAGGGAGGACAACAAAGAGCAGCGUACUUAUUUCAAACAGGAGAGUCCCCUGGAUGAUGCAGACACUGGGGAAAGUGAUGGCCACCAUGCCAGCACAGCGUCCUGUCCGGAGUAUUUCCCCUGCCCUCACUGUGCCGUCUCCUUCACCGCUGUCUCUUACCUGGAGAAGCACCUCAAGUGGACCCACCAGCAGCAGUACCUGGCGCUGCUCCGAAGCCGAGCCUCCCAGAGCAAAAUCAGCACAACAAAAGUGGAGAAAAUGCACAGCUGCCCGCACUGCAGCCAGGUGUUCCCCUCGCAGCGGCGGCUGGCUGCCCACCUGCGUGAGCUUCACCCCAGCACCCCUCCUAAAAAACGGCACCCCUGCCCCCAGUGCGCCCGCAGCUUCCACUACAUGGCCAGCCUGCAGAAGCACUGCAAGGAGUGGCACAAAUUAGCCACCGUCUGCGCAGACGGACGCCUGAGCUGCGCAGACUGCGGGAAAAGCUUCGGCGCUCUGGGGAGAUCUGGCCCCCAUAACUGCAUAGAUCAGAACGAGACAGUGGAAAACGGACCUCUCUCCACUGAGGGCGGAUACGCCUGCAACGUCUGCGGCAAGAGCUGCACCACCACCCAGAAUCUGCGCGUGCACAUGCGCACGCACACCGGCGAAAGGCCUUACGCCUGCGGCGAGUGUGGGAGGCGGUUUUCGGAGAGCGGUAGCCUGAGCAAACACAGGCGCAUACACACCGGCCUCAAGCCGUUCAAGUGUCAGGACUGCGGGAAGCAGUUCGGGAGGAUGAACCACCUGACGUCCCACCAGCUCACGCACUCCGGGGAAAAACCGUACCCUUGCCCGGACUGUGAAAGGAGAUUUGGCCACAAGGGGGAUUUAAAAACCCAUCAGCGCACCCACUCGGGGGAGAAACCAUACCGUUGCACAGAGUGCGGUAAAGAUUUUGCAAUUAUCGGAAACCUGAGGGCCCACCAGAGGGUGCACAGCAAGGAGAAGGGCCACCAGUGUGGGGAGUGCGGGCGGAAAUUCGGGGAAUCGGGGCUGCUAAAGAAGCAUCUGCGUACGCACACCGGGGAGAGACCCUACCACUGCACGGUGUGCGGCAAGCAGUUCAGCCGCAUCCAGCACCUCAAAACCCACCGGCGCACACACACAGGGGAGAGACCGUACAGCUGUGCCGAGUGCGGCAAGAGCUUCAGCCAGUCCGGGGACCUGACCAAGCACAAGCGCACCCACACGGGGGAGAAGCCGUACCCCUGCCCCGACUGCGAGCGUAGCUACAGCAAUUCGGGGGACUUGCGAAAGCACAGCCGCAGCCACUCCGGGGCGCGGCCCUACACCUGCGAGGAGUGCGGGAAGAGCUUCAGAAUGGUCCAGCACCUGAAGGUCCACACCCGCACGCACACGGGGGAGAGACCGUACCUCUGCCCCCACUGCCCCCUUGCGUUCUCCCGGCCCCAUCACCUCACCUCACACCUGAAGGUCCACUGAUCUGGAGAGUAGAAAUCAAGAGCGGGGAAAAGAAUCAGGCUUGACACCCGGAGAAAAUACAGAGGGCUGCACCUCAAUCCAAGGGGGGGGGCAC